AGUUGUCAAAUGAUUUUUGUAUACUUUACAAAGAGUUUUUAGGCGUAGCUACCGCCAGGAGUUAUAUAUUAGUUAUCAAUUAAAACCAAAAGAAUAGUUGCGAGAUUUGUAUUCUAAUUACCAGGCUUAAGUGUUUUCAUGUGUGACAUUUAAGUUUAUGAAUUUACCGGACAGUACUGCAACGGAAAUUGUAAACAAAAUUGUAAAAAUGCCGCCUCAGAGGUAUACUCAUGCAAUCGUAGCAAGGAUUUCAGAGUCCCUUAAAAGCUCUGGUGAAUUUAAUUAUACUGUAGCUAAAAAGCAACACCAUGAUUUCUGUGCAUUAUUACGAGAUGUUGGAUUAGAUGUAAUAGAGUUGCCUCCUGAUGACAUGCUUCCGGAAGGAGUUUUUGUAGAAAAUGCGGCAGUCAUUUGCAAUGGAGUAGCUUUGAUUAGUAGAUCAGACAAUUUGUUGCGCCAAAGAGAGGCCGAUAGUAUGGAAAUAAUACUAAAGAAAGAGCUUGAUAUCCCGGUUGUUAACCCCAACAUUUCUAAUGCUUUAUUAGAUGGAGGUGAUGUUUUAUUUACUGGUCGGGAAUUUUUCGUGGGUAUAUCCAAUUAUACUAACGAAGAUGGCGCUAAGACUGUUGCUGUUGCAUUUCCAGAAUAUCCUGUGACGCCUAUCAAGGUUAAUGGAAACAAGCGCCUAAAAUAUUAUGUUACAAUGGCUGGACCAGAUGUAUUAUCAGUAAGUACAAGUAUUUACUGCCAGGAAAUUGUAAAACGUAUGGAAAGAGAAGCCAGUUUUAAGUAUCAAAAAAUUACUUUGCCAGAAGAACAUGCAGCAAAUAUGCUAUACGUUAAUGGUAUACUCAUACAUCGCUCUCCAAAUGAAAUACCUGCUUCCUAUAAGGUUAUUAAGGAAAAAAUUGACACACCUAGCCGUAAUAUAGAUAUUAGCGAGUUUGGCAAGUUCGCGAGUGGUUUAACUUCGAGUUGUUUGCUUUUGCGCCGGUGGAAAUCUAUAAGGAAUAUCUAGAUUCGAUAGUAAUUCAACGGAAAUAUUAGUGCAAAGUUUCAUAGAUAAAAUCUUUCCGCCAAUAGUGGUUUAAAUAAAUAUACACACAACUGUGACAUACCUAUUCAAAUUAGGCUAUUUAUAUAUUUGCUAGAAGUGUUAAGUUAUUAAUUAGAUCAAAUGUAUUUAGAGAUACAUACAUAGUUACAUAUGUAGAUAUGAUAUCAAAAGUUGUUACAAAAAUCAUAAAUUUAAUUUCAUCACAUUAGUAAAAAUUUAGAUUAUACUUACGCAACUAAAACACGACUUUUUUAUUUAAAGGAAUUUUAUACCGCUUAUUAUAGCAACGCAGUGAUUGUUAACAAAACUACCGCUGUCAUGGUCAAUAAAUAAUUCAGACAAGAAAGAUGAAAACGAUUUUGUCUGCCAUAGUAACUAUUUCGAACAAAUAAUAAAGUUUACAGCGUUGUACAUACAUACAUAUCGGUAAAGCACGUGAUUUCCAAAGUAGCUAAAACGUCUAUCCUUCAGAUUUUCCUUAUUCAAAGAAAUAUCUUUUUGGGCUUUCUGUGUACAUACCUCUAGCCUUAACUGCCACAGAGUCGUAACCGAUCAACAACCCACAUCAUAUGCAUCAUCACCGUUAAAAAGUUUUUAAAGUGCAAAAUUUGCAUUAGCUCUUUAUAUACUUCUUUUGUGAAAAGAUAUGUAUAUGAUAAUAAUUGUAAAAUUUAGAAGUGCUGAAUGUUUUUAAUGAAUAAGUCUGAUUUAAGUCGAUUAAACUUCAUUAGCACGCCUUAAAAAUAUUUUUUCCUUUAUUGAUUUCAUCAGAUAUUGUUCCUUGAAAUGCACCAGUCAGAUAAAUACGAGAUAACUUCGUUGUGCAGGACUUUCUUUUGUGAAGAUUGACUCGGUAUGACGAAAAGAAGGAAAUUAAAAUGUUUUCCCUACAACUAAAGCUUGAGUGUUAGUAAAAUAUUAUUUUCAGGAGUAAAACGCAGAGUGAUUGUAACCACUAUAUGAUUAAAUUCAGAAUUAAAAAACCAUGUUAUAUUGUCUAGUAUCCAAGUAGUUCAAAUUGUCAUGAAUAAUGAACGCAAUGAUUUCAUGUAAACUGUUUUUUAUUCAAUGAAACUAUUUGUAUAGGUAAAUAUAACUAUGUCUAUUAUACUACGUUUUUAAUGUUUUACUCGUAGUAAUCUUUCUCGAUGAUGUUACUAUAUUUUUACAAAUCUUCUGUUCUCUUGUUUUCUUAUUCUAAGUUUUAUGUAAUCGCAAUUUGCUGUUUUUUCAUGUUGUCUAAAAAGGAACAAAAACAAAAUACAUCUUUAUAAUUAUUUACUAAUGCACGAGAUGUUAUGCAGUCUGUAUAUAAACGUUUAUUUGUAUACAUGAAAUUAAGCUAGGUAUGUAAGUUCAUACUUGUAUAUUUGAAUUCUCUCUAUUAAAAGUUAAACUUCAUUGCAGGUGCCUAUUUAAAACUCAUGUUCAUAUAAUAUAUAAAAUAGAAUUUGUCAGUUAACGAUCAAUACGACAAGCCUUAAUCUUGGAUAUCAUAACGCAAACUGCACCUAAGUCUCCUUUUUUUCACGAAGACAAAACAAUAUAUAUUAUAUUCGAAAAAUUAUAAUAAAUAUACAUGACGUAAUUUCUAUGGAAAUCAAUUUGCACAGAGAUGGUUAUAUAACUAAUAAAAUGCCAAUGGAUUUUGAUUUAUUUUCUCAUAUUUAUGUAAUACAUUCUUAUACUUUUAAAGUUUUAUCGUAAAAUUCUAAUUUUUUUUUAGCAAAUGUAGGCACCCUAAAUAUUAAAGCUUUUGCAAAACACUUUUACCUAAUAUAGAAUAACAAUAUUUCCAUUUUUACUUAAUUCUAUUUUAGUUUACUUUCAACAUUUAGCUUUUCUUUAGAUUACGAUUUUUUUUAAUUAACCAUUUUUGUUUAACAAUCUUUGUUUAGUUUCUUUAUUUAAUUUGCAGAAUUAUAUAGGUUGCACUGUUCAAGUCCUUUCGUGUAUAUCUUAAAAGUUUAUUACUUCAUUACUUUUUUUUACUACAGACUUAGUUUAUAUUUAGUUAAUUUCAAUAUAAUGAUUCACUAUAUCUAAAUAUAUAAAUGUAAAUUGUUAGCUGGAAUUUAAAGAAAAAAUUACAUUCGGUUUAUCAGCAAUCGGGGAAUCGGUUAUUUUUCAUUUCCAUUUACAUAUAUACUUGUAGUUAAUUUGUCUUUUAUCAUAAUUAAAAAUAUGUAUACAUACCUAAAUAUGCAAACCAUAGAGGCAUAGAUCCCGCCCAAAUUCAAUUUACUACUUUUUUACUUGAAUAACGGCAUGAACAAAACAUAAUAUUUUCGUAUAACAGAAAGCCAACAUGAACUUUCAUAUUUUGUAAUUUAAAAUUAAUUCAUAUUCGAGUACAGUUCAGUCAGUUUCUAAAAACAGUGACUACUUUCUGCGGAAAUGUGCAAUAUGUGGAAAGAAGCUCAAAUAAUAAAGCACUAGAUAGUUACGUUAAAAAUUAUUAGAGCCCGAAUCAGCAAAUAACUUUUGGUGCAACGAUUUUUUAAACUCUGCAUAAUUAUAUAUAUUAUACAUGUACGUACAUAUGUUUGCGCCAGCACGUUUAAAAUAUAACUUCUGUUCUUUUAUUUCUGUUAUAAUCAAAAAAUAUAUACAUGUAUCUCGACAUAUUUUAC